AUGAGCCAGCAGGAUGUGGUCGCCGUGCUUUCAGAACGCCUGCUCGUAGCCGCCUACAAAGGCCAAGUGGAGAAUGUGGUGCAGCUUAUCAACAGGGGUGCCAAGGUAGCGGUUACCAAGCAUGGCCGGACCCCCCUGCAUCUUGCUGCCCACAAGGGUCAUCUCCAUGUUGUCCAGGUUUUGUUGAAGGCGGGCUGUGACCUGGAUAUUCAGGAUGACGGUGAUCAGACAGCAUUGCACCGGGCUGCUGUCGUAGGGAACACCGAUGUUAUAGCAACUCUGAUUCAAGAGGGGUGUGCUUUGGACAGACAAGACAAGGUAACAGGCAAAAGCAAAGCCCUGUGGGAUGGCAGCCUUGCCAGCCAUGAAGCUUGUUGGCAUGGAUUCAGUCAGUCUGCCAAAGUGCUGGUUAAAGCAGGAGCCAACGUUCUUGCCAAGAACAAGGCAGGUAACACACCUCUUCACCUGGCUUGCCAGAAUAGCCAUUCCCAGAGUACUCGUGUUUUGUUACUUGGAGGAUCUCGAGCAGACCUCAAAAAUAAUGCAGGAGAUACCUGUCUGCAUGUGGCUGCUCGUUAUAAUCACUUGCCCAUCGUUAGGGUGCUGCUCAGUGCUUUCUGUUCUGUCCAUGAAAAGAACCAGGCAGGAGAUACUGCGCUCCAUGUAGCUGCUGCUCUAAAUCACAGGAAGGUGGUUAAGCUGUUGCUGGAGGCAGGGGCUGAUGCAUCUGUUGUCAACAAUGCAGGUCAGACCCCUCUAGAGGUUGCCAGACAGCACAAUAACCCUGAGGUUGCGCUCCUCCUCACUAAAGCAUCACAGGUCUCACGCUUUAACCGUGGAAGAAGCCUGAGGAAGAAGAGAGAGAGGCUGAAGGAAGAAAGGCGAGCUCAGUCAGUACCACGGGAUGAAGUGGUACAGAGCAAGGGCAGCAUCUCGGCUGCUGACGACACGCCGAGCAGCGACCAGCCACCGCAGAGGAAGAGCGAUCUGAAGGAUGAACCCCGCUCAACCUCACCAGAUCCCAAAGGGAAGAAGAGCAAAAAGAAAAAGCCAAAGGAAAAGGUUUCAGCACUCUCGGACCCCAUCUCCCCAGCCGAUCAGCAGACGCUCCCUCGGCCCCAGCAAAACGUGCCUAAGCGCAGGAGUAAACAUCACUGCUCCUCUCCGCCCCCUCCCCACGAGGUCCGAGCCUACCAGCUGUACACGCUCUAUCGAGGGAAGGAUGGGAAGGUGAUGCAGGCACCGAUAAAUGGAUGUCGUUGUGAGCCCCUGAUAAAUAAACUGGAGAAUCAGCUGGAGGCAACGGUGGAAGAGAUAAAAGCUGAGUUUGGGACAGUACAAGAUAAGAUGAAUGUUAAGCUGGGCCAGAUGGAAAGCAAAACUCAACAUCAACUCCGUGUUUUAGACAAGCUCAUGGCUGAGCGGCUGUCCGCGGAGAGAACAGAGUGCCUUCACCGCCUGCAACAGCACACUGAGCUGGAAAAAAACGAGGGGGAGAAACGGCAGAUUUCCUUGGUGGAUGAGCUGAAGACUUGGUGCAUGUUGAAGAUUCAGAAUCUGGAGCUCAAGCUUUCUGGAGACUCCAGGUCAUCAAGACCAAAAUCAACUUUGUCCACUUGUGAGUCUUCUGUAGGUACAGAGCAACAGUUAAUCAUUGGAGGACCAGUUUCUUCUGCCCCUGCUCAAGAUGUCAGGCCAAAGGACAAAGCUGUUAGUGCCAGCACGUUCCACAGGUUCCAGCAGGAGCUGCCCUCCUCCGAGCUUUUGGGCUCCAAAUUAAGGCACGUUAAGGUUCAAGCUGCUUUGCAGCCCUUGACUGAACCUGCGAAGACUGAGCCACAGAGCGGCUACUUCAUUGACAAAGGAACUCAGACAAAGAAGUCCAGCAAAAGCGGGCAGUCAAGGCACAAAGCUCUGCACCACGCCGGGGCGCAUCAGAGCCAGGAGCAGCAGCCCUCCGCGCUGCCUGCGGGGCAGCCGCCCGCCCCUCCGCUCAGAGACACCUCCCAGGCCCUGGAGAUAACGCAGUACUUCUUCGAGGCCGUUUCCACGCAGAUGGAGAAGUGGUAUGAACGGAAGAUAGAAGAAGCCCGGUGCCAAGCUAAUCAGAAAGCGCAGCAAGACAAAGCUGCGCUCAAGGAACAUAUUAAAAGCUUAGAAGAGGAGCUCAGCAAAUUAAGGACUAAGGUGCAGAAAGAGAGCUAG